CUCAAGCCCACCAAUGAGACAAGUCAGAUUGGUUCUUUUGGGGCACAUCGCAAUGAAUGGGUGUCGGUGCUUUACAAGGCAAAGGAGCAACCACAACAAGACGCGGAUAUUGAGGGGAUGCGGCAUCGGCACGCGGGAGCUGUCCACCAGCCGCACACCAACGACGCGGACGCUCGUGACAGUCAGAAGGAAGGAUCUAGUCCAGUCGCCCCGCUCUUUAGUCUGCCGCCCCCGCCGCCAUCGAUAAAGGAGCGAUCCACCUCCUCACAUCAUAGCCGACAUGUACAGUCUUGUCCGGACCGCGGCACCAGGAACGGCGAGUGCCUGCCUUUGACCGGCCGAUGCAUCCUCGCACAGGGAGCGCACAGUGACCGUCAGUCUUACGACAACCAGCCCUAUCCGUUUCCAGGGGCCUCAUCUGGCUAUCAGUGUCAUUCUGAGGGGCUCUCACAGAGCAGCCAUUCUCCUCAGCAGAAAUAUUCCGUUUCCCCGCAGCCCUCCCCAUCUGAUCUGCUGCCGCCGCCUCUGCCUUCGCACAUUUCUUAUACGCGGGAUACGCGCCAAAAGAGUGCUAAUUACAAACAAGAGAUUGUACAACGUGGCGUCGGGGAGGGGGGGCGUCGAGACCAAAACCAGUUGCUGCAGCAACCUUGUUAUAAUCAACAAAGGGACCCCUCCUUUGAGCUACUCUUGCCAAACUCUGGUCAAGGACAGAUAAAUGCACUCGAGGAAGCCGAGAAGGAGAGGCAAUUAAUUGAGCCUCAGGCUCAGUUACUGUUGGGCAGCAGCUUGCCCAUCAACUACUGCAUCAGCAGAUCGGAGCAAGUGUGCAGAAACCAGCAGGAGCUGCUGUUGCAGCAUCAGCAUCAGGAACACAGACUCCAGCGGCAGCAGAGUGACCGAGACGGCAGGUACCAGGAGAGGGGAAUCGCACUCUGUCAGCCGUAUCAAUGCGAGCGCGCGCUAGAGAGAAACUCGUCGGUGUCUAGUGGUGAAAACAGCAGCCCCCCGUACGGCUCCAGCAGUCAACUGUGGCCAGAGCCCCACGACAAGGAGGAAAGGAAAAAUCGAGCAGGCAAACACAAGGCACAUGCUGAGCGAACUAAGCUGAGCCAUGCUGGAUCCAAGCCCUCCCUCUCCGAGAGCAGUCACUCACUCCCUCAGAUAGCCAUGAACAGCUGCAAGUACAAUGGAGGAGUGGUAAGACCACUGGGCAGCCUGGCGGCGUCACGACGCAACCUAGCAGAGCAUGACUCUGAGACCCAGCCGCUCCAGACUCUUCACAGCUCCGGCCUGGAAGUGGUCGUCUCCAAGGGAGGUGGCGAGGACCCCAGCAAGGCGUCCAAUGAGAGCCUGGUCCGAGAGAGUGGCAACGCACCACAGAAAAAAAAUAAAGAUAUUGGCUACAAGUUGGGCCACAGGAGGGCACUUUUUGAGAAGCGCAAGCGGCUAAGUGACUAUGCCCUAAUAUUCGGUAUGUUUGGGAUCGUUGUCAUGGUAACUGAGACUGAACUAUCCUGGGGGGUUUACACUAAGGAAUCUUCAUAUUCAUUUGCACUGAAAUGCCUUAUCAGCCUUUCCACUGUUAUUUUGCUUGGUCUUAUAAUAAUGUACCACGCUCGGGAAAUACAGCUGUUCAUGGUGGACAAUGGGGCGGAUGACUGGAGGAUAGCCAUGACAUAUGAGCGCAUCUUCUUUAUUGUCCUGGAGCUGCUGGUGUGUGCCAUUCACCCGAUCCCGGGCCAGUAUGUGUUCACAUGGACGGCCCGGCUGGCUUUCACCUACGUGCCCUCUGUGGCCGAUGCCGACGUAGACAUCAUUCUUUCCAUCCCGAUGUUCCUCCGCCUCUACCUGAUUGGCCGGGUCAUGCUCCUUCAUAGCAAGCUCUUCACCGACGCAUCCUCGCGAAGUAUAGGUGCCCUCAACAAGAUCAACUUCAACACACGCUUCGUCAUGAAGACCCUCAUGACCAUCUGCCCGGGCACCGUGCUGCUGGUCUUCAGCAUCUCCUCCUGGAUCAUCGCGGCCUGGACCGUUCGGGUUUGUGAGAGGUAUCAUGACAAACAGGAAGUCACUAGUAACUUUCUUGGCGCUAUGUGGCUAAUUUCCAUAACUUUCCUAUCAAUUGGAUAUGGAGAUAUGGUCCCUCAUACAUACUGUGGGAAAGGGGUCUGUCUUCUUACAGGAAUCAUGGGAGCUGGUUGCACUGCACUUGUAGUCGCGGUGGUGGCCAGAAAGUUAGAAUUGACAAAAGCUGAGAAACACGUCCACAAUUUCAUGAUGGACACCCAACUUUGUAAACGAGUAAAGAACACAGCUGCCAAUGUACUCAGGGAAACAUGGCUCAUCUACAAACACACAAAAUUAGUGAAGAAGAUAGAUCAUGCCAAAGUGCGCAAACAUCAGCGCAAGUUCUUGCAGGCCAUUCACCAAGCUCAGAAGCUCCGCAGUGUGAAAAUGGAGCAGAGGAAACUUAAUGACCAGGCCAACACUCUGGUGGACUUGGCGAAGACACAGAAUGUGAUGUACGACCUGGUGUCAGAGCUGCAGGAACGCAGUGAGGAGCUGGACAAGCGUAUUGGCACGCUGGAGGACAAACUGGACGCAGUCACCGGCAGCCUGCAGGCUCUGCCCUGUCUGAUCUCCCAAGCCAUAACUCAGCAGCAGCAGGACCUCCUGGAUGGCUUCGUGCACCGCUUCCGCCCCGCUUCACUGGGCUCAGAACGCUCCUGGACCCCCUCCAGACGGCGGCGCUCCCCUUCCACUGCCCCGCACACUUCCUCUGACAGUGGCUAACGCUGACCUGGACCCCAUCGCCGCUUCCAAAGGUCUCAGACUUAAUCACGUAAGAUGAUCAAGCCGAGAUUGAGGACUCGUAUUAAUAAGUAGAGAAGAAUUCAAAAAUAGUAGAUAUAUGGUUUAUGUUUAGCCAUUGUAUGGCUGUUCAAGUUAGCUUUUUUGUAAAGCCCUCAUAUAUUUACAAGACUGAGUUCAGGAAGCUAGAGUGAGUCCAGGAAACUGGUCCUUCAAACUGCGACAUCAUGGGGUCCACAGGAAGGUAAACCAACGUAGACCACAAAGGAGCGACGCACCCACAUAGAAGAGAUUCACUGGUCCUAUAAGACAUCUGUGCCAGGAUGAGCACCGAGAGCGCUUCUGGGUGCUUUGCGAUCACUUCAGCGUUCAGCUGGAGACGGAGGAGCACAUGACCUUACUACUGAGUAGAAUAAUGCAGGAAUGCCAACCUUAAGGAUUCAGUUCCCUUGCUCCUUUAAGGGAAAUUGGGUGCAACUAACCUUUUUUAGUUACAAAUUGGCAUGUUAUUUUUUUCAGUGCCUGAAUGUAUAGAUUGUGGAGGGUUGUCCAUUUACAAAUUUUGGAGCGAGUUUUUGUACAAUGUUAACACAAGCAUUGCAUUCCUUUUUCAGAUACAUUCCUCUUGAAGACAUUUAACUCGUCUGUCUUAACAAAUACCAUUAACUUUG